CUUGUGUGCUGAUCUUAGUUUAGGUGCAUAAUUCAUCCAGUGAUAAUGCUGGAAUCACUGUAUCGCCUCCCUUUCUCCGUCUUGAAAGUGCCUAACUUGAAGUUGAAAAGACCUCUAUGGGUAAAGGCACCCAGUGCAAUGACAGUUUUUGCCUUGGUACUUCUGGCAUACUUCCUUGUUACAGCAGGUGUCAUAUAUGAUGUCAUUGUGGAACCACCCAGCAUUGGAUCAAUCACAGAUGAAUUUGGUCACUCCAAACCAGUGGCUUUCAUGCCAUACAGAAUAAAUGGACAAUACAUCAUGGAGGGGCUGGCAUCCAGUUUCAUGUUCACCUUGGGAGGACUGGGCUUCAUCAUCCUUGACAAGACCCAUGCCCCUUCUACACCUAAGCUCAACCGCAUUCUUCUUGUCUUUCUUGGCUUUUUCCUGGUGCUUGUGUCCUUCAUUGCCUGCUGGGUUUUCUUGCGGAUAAAAAUGCCGGGAUAUUUGACAUAUUAUUGAAGACAUUUCAAACAGAGCACAGCUGAGGAUCAUGGAAUGAUGACCCUAUAAAUAUGAUGCACAGCUUGUGAAAGAAUUUUCUUGAUUCUUUGGAGUGAUGAAUAUUUAAUAUCAAUGAGAAUCCAAUCUCCAUGGCAUUGUUUUAUUUUGUCUGUAGUUGA